UAGAGUUGAGAUAUCACACAUUAUUACCGAUAUAGUUGCCACUUCCGUUAUUAUUGCUCUAAACCCCAAACCUUCCAAAGCUUCCAUUUUCAUCACAAACUUAACAAUGUCUCAGUUAGAAUUAUCGUCAAAACACAAGGCCAUCACGGGGAGCAACCACAACCACGACGAAGACCAUCAACAAGUUGCGGUGGUUUCACAGAAAAAGAUGAAAAAGAGAAGAAACUGCGCCAUCGCCAUGGUAGUCAUCAUCUCCUUCUUCAUUCUGUUGGCUAUCAUAUUCGUCAUCCUCGCCCUCACGUUGUUGAAGACCAAAGAUCCAAAAACAGAGAUUGUAUCUGCAACUUUGCAAGGAAUCUCACCAAAACUCACAUUCCCCGCCAUUAACAUCCAACUCAACAUCACUCUUGACCUCAAGAUUCGCGUCGAAAACAAGAACCACGCUAGCUUCAAGCACGGUGAGGGUAAGAGCAUUCUUCUCUACAAAGGAAUCGAGGUUGGAGAAACUGAAAUCUUCUCUGGUUUGAUUCCUUCAAUGGGAUCCGAAAUUCUUCCGUGUACACUCACGUUAGAGGCUGAUAAAGUUGCAAGUAACAUCACGGGUUUUCUUGGGGACUUGAUGGGAGGUGAAAUUACCAUGAAGACCUUAACUCAGAUUCCUGGUAGAGUUACUUUUCUUGGGUUUAUCAAGAAGCAUAUUGUUGCUAAGUCCAGUUGCCAGUUUAUAAUUGGUGUUCCUGAUUUCAAGAUUAAGAACCAAGUUUGUAAGACCAAGAUAUGAUUCAUCAUCAACAACAAUUGAAGCAGGAUUCUAGCUUCUUAUACUA